ACGGAUACGGACUAGCUGCAUGUAUAAACAAGGUUUCCUUUUCGGGACGGAAGAGGGAGUUACUGCAGUGUUACGAUCAACAGCGCACGCGCCAGUCAGGAUACCUGUUUGAACCACAGUUGAAGUUUGUUCUAUAACUGAUCUGAAUGGUUUUUAUUCUCCGUCCAUAUGUGUAGAUUGCUACUUUUAAGAAUUCGUUUAAGAGGUAAGAAGAGAAGAGAAGUACUGUGUGUGAUAUUUCCUGAUAGCUGAUAUUUAGGAAUAAAGUAGACUGUAAAAUGAAUACACAACGUGCUGCACAUGGCAUCGUAAUGGAAGUGACGUUUUGGCUGAUAUUCAUCACGGAUACCACCACGUGUGUGCCAGUUAGAACCUUCGAUGACAUAUUAAAAAGUGAAGGAAAUGAGGGAAGUUUACUUUCUGGUGACGUCGAGAGUAUAGCUGAAUUCACGCGCAAGAUUUGGAGUCCUCAUAUUAUUGAAAAUGGGAUUCCUGCUGAUUUGGACCAUACGAGCCGCAACUCGAGGCUGUAUCUCGUCUUAGACGACCAGGAGGGCAUUGAAGAGACCAACACCACUGUUACCCCAGAUUCAGGAAACAAGCGAGAGGUGGACCCAUGGUCGCUGUUAUUUUAUAUGGCUUCAUUCGGUGGCUUCGUGGCCUUCUUUCUGGUCAUCAGCUGCUUUGAGUGUUGUUGCUGCAAAUGUGCGUCGAGAAGGCCACAAAACACGUCCACUGAUAGUCCUGUUGAACCUCUUCCAACUGAGACACAGUGGGUGCAUGAAACGCCUCCGCCCCCCUAUCAUCUGUUUGCGCCCCCAUCCUAUGACACUCUGUUCUAUGGGAGUGUCAGAGACGAUAAGCAUAAGUGUGGAGUUUAUGUUGUGCCUAUCCACAAUGACAUCGGCACGCCUUACAGUACAGCCAGAAGUGUGCCUACUGAACCCACGUAGCAAUCCCAGAAUAUAAAAAAACUGCUCUCAGCAGCUGAUCAGCUCAGGGACUUAAUUAGCUUAAUGUGUCUUCAGGUUUUCCAUUGCGGUGUGAAUUCUCAGGAAGAGAGUCGAUGGUGUACCAUGAAUACCAGAGAACGUAUCGGCAGUGAACAUUGUGGUAGCUGUCUGCAGAAUUCGCGGACAUAAGACUUCAAUACAUGGUCAUUCUAUGGCUGGUAACCUUAGAAUAUUUGUCAACAUUUCACCACGGAGCUUCCAACUCAUCUGUAGGACACUCAUUGAUCGUCAUUAGGAGUAUCCGUGGUUGUUUGUUUCCGCGAUUAUGAGUACCUUAGAUAUGUGUCAGUUCACUUAGUUUCAUCAGGAACUUAUGGCUAACAGCUGGACUUCGAAAGCCUUGAUGAGCAAAAGUUUAUGGGCGAUGCUUUCAAAGUUGCCCACCUCAGUGUUGAUCGAUGGCCUUAGCAGACUGCGGUGCAGUCUCUAUGACUUGCUGUGCUUUUCAGAACUGAAAACUACAUAACUUUUCAGCGAACAAGUCAUCGAUAUCAUAAAUCAAAGUAACGUAAUUAUUCACAACUGUUGAGCAUAGUAGCAAGGGAGUGUUGUACGCAUACAAAAGACUUGACAUUGAAACAUAGCUGAAUACAGCAAAGAGCGAAUGUCGAAAUAUUAUAUUAGACGAUUGUGAUAUGAGAUGAAAGUCGUCGAACACUGACUUUGGGCUCUUAUGGCCAGCAAAUAAUAUCUUCAAAAGUAUGAGAUAGCCAGUUACUAGUUGUUAUUUGAGUAACGGUGUAUAAUAAGAGCUUUAACUUUUCUAGAAUUUUCAUCAAAGUAAAUGAAAGUUUCAUAUGAGCAAGGACAUUUUUUACCAAGAUCCAAUGAUAUUGCUUCUAUAGGAAAUAUAUUAUUAUGUUUUAGCUAUAAAUUAAAUUAGCUCCAUAAGAAACAUGCCAGUUAGCUGACCAAAAAAAAAAUGCUCAUUUAUGCUCACUGUCAGCACAUACCAAUUAUUUUUGACAGUGCUGAAUAAGUUUCCAAAUGAUUUUCAUGUCAUUGUUACUUCAGCUCCAUUUGUAACUGAACUGAAUUGUGGGAUAUACAUUUUGUAUGUAUAGAAGAUGAAAAAUUGACAGUAACUUAAUAUAUGGCCGCGCCAUAG